CAUAAUUAUUAUCAGAGCUCCAGUGCCUCCAACACCACCACCACCACCCCGGAGCCCGGACGGAGCACGUACAGCUCUCCUCUCCCCGGCGAUGUCGUCGCCUUCCUCGGCCCACUGGCUGAGCCUCGUCGGGACCAUCUGGCUGCAGACCAUCAACGGCCCCAACUCCGACUUCCCCGUCUACUCGUCGCAGCUCAAGGAGCUCAAGGGCAUCUCCCAGGUGCAGCUCAACUUCCUCGCCUUCGCCUCCGACGCCGGCAAGCUCUUCGGCUGGUUCUCCGGGGUGGCCGCGCUCUACGUGCCGCUCCCGCUCGUCGCCUUCGUCGGCGCCUCGUUCGGCCUCGUCGGCUAUGGCGUGCAGUACCUCUUCCUGGACAGCCCCGGGCUCAAGUGCUGGCACCUGUUCCUGCUCACCGCCCUCGCCGGGAACGGCAUCUGCUGGAUCAACACCGUCUGCUACCUCCUCUGCAUCAAGAACUUCGCGUCCAGGAGCCGCGUCGCCGUCAGCCUCGCCACCAGCUACCUCGGCCUCAGCGCCAAGGUGUACACCAGCCUGGCCGAGAGCUUGCCCCGCCUGGCCGACUCCAAGGCCAAGACGUACCUCCUCCUCAAUGCCGUCGUGCCGAUGAUCGUCACCGUGUUCGUGGCGCCGGCCCUCAGGCUGUUCGACCUCAAGACCGACUCCAUGGCGAGCACGGACACGGCAUUCCUCGUCAUGUUCGCCAUCACCCUCGCCACGGGCGCGUGCGCCGUGGUCGGCAGCAUCGGCUCUACGGCCAGCGGGCUGUCCUCCAGGGAGCACAUGAUCAGCCUCAGCGUGCUCCUCGCCGUCCCCAUGCUCAUCCCGGCGGCGCUCAAGAUCCGUCAGAGCAUGAACAAGAUCUGGGAGGCGAAGCGCGAGAACAGGAUCCACGAUCUCGGCAGCGACGACGCGGUGGUCGUGAUCGAGGUGAUGGACCUCGAGACCAAGGAGGAAGAGAUCGUCGCCGCGGAGGAGGAUCCCCAGGAGGAGGUCGGAGGCCUCCAGCUGCUCAAGAAGCCGGACUUCUGGCUCUACUUCUUCAGCUACAUGUUCAGCGGCACCCUGGGCCUGGUCUUCCUCAACAAUCUGGGGCAGAUUGCCGAGUCGCGAGGUCUCGGGCAGACUUCCACCCUGGUCUCGCUGUCGUCUUCCUUCGGAUUCUUCGGUCGCCUCCUCCCGUCCUUCAUGGACUACUACUCUGCAAAAAGCGGCCACAGCAUAUCGCGGACGGGGUCCAUGGCGUCGCUGAUGGCGCCCAUGGCGUGCGCCUUCUUCCUGCUGCUCAACCCGGGCAGCGUCUUCCUGUACGCGAGCACGGCCAUCAUCGGGACCUGCACGGGGGCCAUCACGUCGGUGGCGGUGUCGGCGACGAGCGAGCUGUUCGGCGCCAAGAACUUCGGCGUCAACCACAACGUCCUCGUGUCCAACAUCCCCGUCGGCUCGCUCUGCUUCGGCUACUUCUCGGCGUUCCUGUACCAGCGGGAGGCCGGCGCGCGCGGGGCCGCCACCUGCUCCGGCGCCAGCUGCUACCAGGCCACCUUCGCCAUCUGGGGCGCCACCUGCGUCGUCGGCACGCUGCUCUGCGUCGUGCUCUACGUCCGGUCGCGCAGCUUCGCCGGCAGGCUGCCGGUGAGGUUACAGUGGCUGUCGCGCGUAGCUAACUUCCUAGGUGCCCGUCAGAAGGCUUGACGACGGCGGCGGCCAUGGCGGGUGAUUGAUUAACUUAGGAGACACGAAGCAUCGAUCUGCCGCGAUGCGAUCGAUGUAGCUUUUUGUUUUCUUCUUUUUCAUGGCUUUUCUUCUUGACUGAUCGAUCCCACGGAGGGGAUACGCACGCAGAUCAAGCUGGACUGAGUAGAUAUUGUGCAGGUUGAUCAUCACCUUUUCGCUGCAGAUAUAUAUGCAUAUAAAGAGUGAUUGAAGAAUAGCAGAUUUUCUUUUCA